AUGCCACGUUCCUUCCUGGUCAGGAGCAAGAGAACCGGCUCUCACCUGUCUCCUAGCAACCACUGCUCCGAGGCCCUUUCCAUCAACACCCUGUCUCGUAGCAACCACUGCUCCCAGGCCCCUCCCAUCAACACCCUGUCUCCUAGCAACCACUGCUCCCAGGCCCCUCUCAUCAACACCCUGUCUCCUAGCAACCACUGCUCCCAGGCCCCUCCCAUCAACAACCUGUGUCCUAGCAACCACUCCUCCCAGGCCCCUCCCUUCAACACCCUGUCUCCUAGCAACCACUCCUCCCAGACCCUUCCCUUCAACACCCUGUCUCCUAGCAACCACUUCUCCCAGGCCCCUCUCCUCAACACCAGGCCCCAGCUCCAACCCUCCCUCCAGACCCUCUGCAGGAAAGCACAUGAGACCCUGUGCUCAGGAUCAGACUUUGGGUACCCUGUCUCUUGCCCUCCUGUGACCGUCAUGGUCCUGUCGGCUGCGGCCCUCCUCGCCCCCCCCUGGGCAGCAGCCAGCAGGGAGGGCGAGCCUGACCCAGCCAGCCUGUCCAGGUUCUCCAGGGGGAGCUACAGCAGAACCAGGGAUCGUAGCUUCUCCUGCAGCGCGUGUGGAAAGGUGUUCAAACGCUCCUCCACCCUCUCCACCCACCUGCUCAUCCACUCAGACACCAGGCCCUUCCCCUGCCAGUACUGCGGCAAGCGCUUCCACCAGAAAUCUGACAUGAAGAAACACACCUUCAUACACACAGGAGAGAAGCCUCAUGUGUGCAAAGUGUGUGGAAAAGCCUUCAGCCAGAGCUCCAACCUGAUCACACACAGCCGCAAGCACGCCUGCCAGUCCUGGUUCUGCCCUCACUGCCAGAGCAGCUUCCAGUGCAGGCAGGACCUGCAGCACCACCUGCUGGAGCCCUGCGCACACAGCAACCUGCACGCCCCAAGCUCAGGAUGA